ACAUCUGACCGAGUUGGAUAGAAAAGGAAGGAGGGAGGGAGGGAGAAGGAAAGAAGGGGCCUGUCCUGCUGGGCGAAGGGCUCACGCUGAGGAAUUGCAGCCACAGGGAUCCAUCCAGAAGGAAGGAAGGAAGCUUUGCACCUUUUUGCCAAAUGCGGAAAACAACAUGAGGACCAUGUUUCUGGCGGAGUCACUCCGUCGUUCCAGAGGAAGGCCAAGGCGCACUGUUGAACUAGUUCAGAGACCGCUGACUUUCAAAGACGUGGCUGUCUACUUCACGGAAGGACAGGGAUCUCUGCUGGACCCGGAUCAAAAGGCUUUGUAUAAAGAAGUCAUGAUGGAGAAUUAUGAAAAUGUGGCCUCGUUGGGGCUUCUACUUUCCAAGCCUACCCUCAUCUUUCAUCUGGAACAAGGAGAAGAGCCGUGGUUGCCAGAUACCCGACCCUUCCGCAACAGUUACUCAGCAGGUGGUUACAGGAAGAAACAUGCAUGUCGUAAGUGCGGUAAAUCUUUUGCUCAGAAGUCUGAUCUUGCCACACAUCGAAUAAUUCACAUCGGCGAGAAACCUUUCAGGUGCUUGGAGUGUGCAAAGCAUUUUGUUCACCAUUCUGAGCUCAUGAAGCACCAGCGAGUCCACACUGGAGAGAGGCCUUUCUGGUGCCUCGAGUGUGGGAAAUGUUUUUCCCGGCAGUCCGUCCUCGUGAAUCACCACCGAAUCCACACGGGAGAAAAACCUUACAAAUGCUUGGAAUGUGUGAAAUGUUUCACCCAGAGAUCCCAGCUUGUCCGACACCUAAGAGUCCACACUGGGGAAAAACCUUACGAAUGCUUGGAGUGUGGCAAAUGUUUCGCCCGUCACUCGGUGCUGAUAAAUCACCAAAGAGUCCACACGGGAGAAAAACCAUACAAAUGCCUGGAGUGUGCCAAAUGCUUUGCUCGCCAGUCCGUCCUGGUGAAUCAUCAGAGAGUCCACACCGGGGAAAAACCCUAUAGAUGCCAAGAGUGUGGGAAACGUUUUGCUCACCAAUCCAACCUCGUGAAUCACCAGCGGGUCCACACAGGGGAGAAACCCUACAAAUGUCUGAAGUGUGGCAAGUGUUUUGCGCAGCAGUCAGAUCUCGUGAAGCACCGGCGCAUCCACACGGGAGAGAGACCCUAUAAAUGCCUGGUGUGUGGGAAAUGCUUUGCAAUACAUUCAGAUGUGGUGAAUCACCAGCGAGUCCACACGGGAGAGAAACCUCAUAAAUGCCUGGAGUGCGGGAAGUGUUUUUCCCAGCGUUCGGCUCUCGUGAGCCACCAACGAAUCCACACCGGAGAAAAACCCUACAAGUGUGUGGAAUGUGAGAAAUGUUUUGCUCAGCUUUCAAACCUGGUGAAACACCAGAGAGUCCACACAGGGGAGAAACCCUAUGAAUGCUUGGAGUGUGGGAAGCAUUUUGCUCGACACUCCCACCUCCAGUCUGAACUUGUCAUGCAUCGGAUAAUUCACCCGGGUGAGAAACCUUUCAAGUGCUUGGAGUGCGCAAAGGAUUUCAAUCACCAUUCUGAGCUUGUGAAACACCAGCGAAUCCACACUGGGGAGAGGCCUUUCCAGUGCCUGGAGUGUGGGAAAUGUUUCUCUCGACAGUCUGUCCUCAUGAAUCACCACCGAAUCCACACGGGAGAAAAACCUUAUAAGUGUUUGGAAUGUGCUAAAUGUUUUACGGAGAGAUCCCAGCUCGUCCGACACCUAAAAGUCCACACUGGGGAGAAGCCCUACGAAUGCUUGGAGUGUGGCAAAUGUUUUGCCCGUCACGAGGUGUUUGUAAAUCAUCAAAGAGUCCACACGGGAGAAAAACCAUACAAAUGCAUGGAGUGCUCCAGAUGUUUUGCUCGUCAGUCUGUCCUGGUGAGCCAUCAAAGAGUCCACACCGGGGAAAAACCCUAUAAAUGCCAAGAGUGUGGGAAAUGUUUUGCUCACCAAUCCAACCUCGUGAAUCACCACCGUGUCCACACAGGGGAGAAACCGUACGAAUGUCUGAAGUGUGGGAAGUGUUUUGCGCAGCAGUCAGAUCUCGUGAAGCACCGGCGCAUCCACACGGUUGAGAAACCCUACAAAUGCCUGGUGUGUGGGAAAUGCUUUGCAGUCCAUUCAGAUGUGGUGAAUCACCAGCAAAUCCACACGGGGGAGAGACCCCAUAAAUGCUCGGAGUGCGGGAAGUGUUUUGCCCAACAUUCGGCCCUCGUGAGUCACCAGCGAGUCCACACAGCAGAGAAACCCCAUAAAUGCCAAGAGUGUGGGAAAUGUUUUGCCCAACGUUCGACCCUCGUCAGCCACCAGCGAAUCCACACCGGAGAAAAACCCUACAAGUGUGCAGUGUGUGGGAAAACCUUUGCUGAACUCUCGAACCUGGGGAAACACCAAAAAGUUCACACAGGGGAGAAACGCUAUGCAUGCUUGGAGUGUGGGAAGCGUUUUGCUCGACAUGCCCACCUCCAGGUUCACCACAGAGUUCACUUAAAAGCGAAAUCCCGUGAACGCCGCAAGGGAGAUCAACACUUUAUAGAAAAAGGAAACUUUAUUCAGUAUCAGAUAGUUGGCACUGGGGAAAUACAUGCCGAAUAAUUCAAAUUUGAUAGUAUAUCCUGUGGGAAGCAAAUGCUCUCUUGGCUUGAGCUCAUCUCCCCACUUUAGGUCUUCCACAGGGAGAAGACAACCUAUUUCAAAGAUAAUGACAGACUUUUUGUAUGAAGUGUAAGUCUGAGAACAGCAGAGACAGGGUAGGAAGUGUUAGUUAGGGCUUUAUGUUUUCCAUUUCUCAACUUUGCUUCAAAACACUGUAUACCCACUUUUCUAUCCUUCUGUUUUAUAUCAGAAAAGAAAUGCUCUUUUUUCUCUUUCCUUUCCUUUUUAUUAUUAGACAGCAAUGGAAGAAGACAAAGAUGUAACCUGUUUAAAAUAUUGCAAAUUCCAUAACCUAUUGGAAAAUAACUGCACCCAGUCUAUGGACACAUAUCCGUAUCCGUUUGGCAAAUGUGAAUGUCCAUGAAUACCGUGUUUCCCUGAAAAUAAGACAGUGUCUUAUAUUAAUUUUUGCUCCCAAAGAUGCUCUAGGUCUUAUUUUCAGGGGAUGUCUUAUUUUUCCAUGAAGAAGAAUUCACAUUUAUUGUUGAACCAAAAAAAAAGAACAUUUAUUAUAUACUGUACAGUAGUUGUCAUCACAAACCAACGUAAUCAGACAAACUCUGAAUCCUAUCAAGAAUUUCAUGUACAGCUGGUAUGUACAUUUACCAACCCUGCAUACUCUGGUGUUCUGUUUGUUGGGCAUGCUUCCAAACAAAAACUUUGCUAGGUCUUACUUUCAGGGGAGGCCUUAUAUUUAGCAAUUGAGCAAAACUUCUACUAAGUCUUAUUUUUCGGGGAUGUCUUAUUUUCAGGGAAACAGGGUAUGUGGGACCACCUUUUGAAAACCACUAGUCAAGAAAUGCAUGACCUUGUUAGAAGUCAAUUCUAACAGGACAGAGGAAUAUGUUUUCUAAACUUGCUUUGGUGUUCUAAAAGUUCGCAACAUUCAUUAUAUACUCUUGAGAGCAGACAUCCUAAAUGUUCGUGCUGCCAGAUGUUUUUUGGCCUCUAGGUCAGUAUGGACAGUGGCAAAGAAAGAUGAGAGUUGUAGUCUAGUUAAAGAUCUGGAGGUCUGCAGACUCUUGCUUUAGUUGUUUAGUGUCUGGUUGAGGAAUGGAGGAGCUUGUAUUUGGAGUAACCCAAAUUUGCAAAUUUUACCAACCAGCAAUCCCAGCCUCUGUGUUUACCGAAUGGAAUCAUUAGGAAGCAGCACUCAUUCCUGAAUAAAAUGCAAUUUCUGAAAGUAGGAGCUGAGGACUUAGGGCAGGAGUCCUCGAAUGUUUUAAGCCGAGGGCCAAUUCAGACGGUGGUGAUGGUGGUGGGGCGCAUGGACUAUAGUUUGGAAAAGACAUGAACGGAUUCCUAUGCACAUUGCACUGACCUUAUUUCUGUUGGAAUUCAACUCCACACUGCCCAAGUCUGCAGUCCUCAAUGAGGAGUAGUUAACUAGCUUAGAAUAGGCUGAGUGAAAUCUCUUUCCCCUGUUUCCUGAAUGCCAGUUGGAAUAUGUCUAUUUCUUCUCUCCUUUCUGUUUCUGCUCUCAUACUGAUUGGUUAUGUAGAAUGGAUACUUUGCAGGUGCAUGCCUUUUGUCAUUGACUUCCUACUUUUACAUCUCGGUGUGUGUUGUGUGUUUUGAGAUCUCUCUCUGCUUGUGCGUCAGGAGAGAUGCAGUGCUUGGUGAUUUUUUCCCCCUCUUAUUUGAACCCUAGAAGAGAUUAAGUGUUUAGAGUAGCUAGGACCUAGUUCUUUACUAUUAGGAAAUUUAGAUAUUGUUUUUGUAAAUAAACCUUUUAUGAUUUUUAAAGACAGAACUCUGAAUCUUUGCCUCCUAAGCUCUGAAUUCUUUACAGCCACAGGGCACUUCACGCCCUGCUUGCUGUGAGCUGAAUGCUCAACUAUAGAUGUUUGCGUAUUUUGGGUUCUCUGCUGUUUUGGGUUAGUUUCCCCUGAGACCCAGAAAAUCCUAACAAUUUGUGGUGCAAAACAACCUAUUUUUUCGUGGCAGGAGUGUCUUGAGAAACUGCAGGUCACUUCUGGUGUGAGAGAAUUGGCCGUCUGCAAGGACGUUGCCCAGGGGACGCCCGGAUGUUUGAUGUUUUACCAUCCUUGUUGGAGGCUUCUCUCGUGUCCCUGCAUGGGAAGCUGGAGCUGACAGAGGGAGCUCACCUGCUGUCCUUGGAUUUGAACCGCCAACCUGUUGGUCAGCAGUCCCGAUGGCACAAGGGUUUAAUCCAUUGUGCCACUGGGGAUUCCUGCAAAAUAACAUGAAAGAACAAUACAAUGUUUAAAAUGAAGAACAAUUGUAACCAACAUAAACUUACCAGUAUUUCAAUGGGAAGCGUGAGCCUGCUUUUGGCUGAUGGGGCAGUCAAGUUAAUUAGGAUUGUUGUUAAGUCGAUUCAGACUCCAAGUCUAAAGUUUUGGGUGGGUAAAUGACCUUAGUUUGGGGAUCCCUUCCUUAGGGGUUCACAUUGUUGACAUUACAGUGUAAAUCAGGGCGUUUGAUUCAAAUGGCAGUAAAAGGCACAUUGCUUGGCCUCUUCUUCUAAGUUGAGUAUCCCUUAUCCAACAUGAUUGGGACCAGAAAAGCUUUGGAUUUGUUUUUGUUUUUUUAAUGAUUUUGUAUAUAUUUUUAUUUACACUUUUAAUCAUAUUAUUUAUAGUUGAUUUCAUCUGGUGCAUAGUAUACACCUAAAAAGGCAUCACAUAGUAAUCCUCUUGAAUAUUGAUGUUAGCACUUAGGUAAACAUAUAUAAAGCAUAUAUUUACAAUUCUUGUAGCUGCACCUUAUCCUUUUAUACUUACUUACUUAGGCGAUCCCUUGUUGUCCAAAUAUGAUUGUCUUCCAAGCAUAGGGUCUUGGCAGUGGGUCUGUAGGUGACUGUGGAGUCCUAUUCUUGAUCCGCAUGUUCUUCCACAAUGAGGGCAUCCGUUUCCAGAUGCAAGGUGGUCCUGGUCAGGAUUGGCUUAACAUGCCUUCUUCUUGGCACAUUUCUCCCUUUCAUCCUCCAUUCAUGCCUCUUUGAAUUCCACAGCACUGCUGGUCAUAGCUGACCUCCAAUUAGAGCACUCGAGAGGCAGGGCUUCCCAGUUCUCGGUGUCUAUGCCAGUUUUUAAGGUUAGCUUUAAGCCUGUCUUUAAAUCUCUUUUCCUGUCCGUUCUUGAGUUAGGAAUAUAGUAACUGCUUUGGGAGAUGGUGAUUAGGCAUUAGGCCAGUCCAGCAGAGUUGAUGGUAUAGGAGGAUCGCUUCCAUGGUAGUUGUCUUUGCAAUAUCCUUUUAUACAUUCUAUUUAAUUAACUCCCUCUUGUCAUUCCAGGAUAACUCCAUAUAGACUAGAAAACCAUCCUUAACUAUUUGCUUUGUUUUAUAUAGCACUUCCUAUUUAUAUUGUUACCCUUCCAAAACCAAGCAGAAAUAUUAAAAGGGGUUUAUUGUAGAAAACCCUAUGACGGAUGGAUUAGGGUCCUCAUAAAUCAGAAAUGAUUUAUUUUCAGGAAUCCUGAUAAGAUAUGCUUAAGCCUGAAUUAAACCUCAAGGAACAAGGGCUUUGUUCCUUGGGGUUAAUUCUCCUCUUCUCAAAAUCCCUGGAGCAGAAACAAUGUUCUGUGUUCAAGUUCUUGCCCGGGUAGACCAUAGUUAUUUUUAGACACAUCAACAUGUAUAAAAGUUCAUAUUUUUGCUUGGAUAAAUCAGAUUUUUUAAAAGUACAGAACCAUAUAUUGUAGUCAGCCCUGUUGACUGGUGGAUUCUGAGAAAGUAGCAUUCCCAAGCUGUUUUUGUAUUCAUGCAAGCUGUUUGUAGUAGUAGUAGUAGUAGUAGUAGUAGUAGUAAUAAUAAUAAUAAUAAUAAUAAUAAUAAUAAUAAUAAUAAUAAUAACAAUAAUACAUUUUAUUUGUUACCCAUCUCUCCUAAUGGCUUGUAAUACUUACGGUGUGAAAAUAGUCUGAAUGUUUUUGAAAAGAACUUCAAUUUUAUGUAUUAUAAGAGAAUUACAUAUUGGGUUCACUGGAGGAAUGACUAGUAGGUAGUAGACUGAUUACACUAUGUAACACAAUUUUUGUUCCCAUGCUAUUUCCUAAUCGGUUCUAUCAUAAACACAUGGAAAAAGUUUAUUAAACUUUUACGGGAGGGACAUCCUGCAGCACAUUUUGCUAUAGUUUCAAAUUUUGUUACAUAGUAUUAUAUAUAAGCAGCCAGAUAUAAAUUGUACACAUACAUGUUUGUGUGUGACUGCGUAUAUGCAUGUGUGUGCGUGCAUAUAUAUACAGUAUACACACACAGACACACAAUCAUAUUUUAUUUCUGAGCUUCCAAGUCUGUGAUGUUUGCUUCAGUACCUUCUGUCUAGGUUAAUGUCAUUUUUCAGUUUAAUGAUUAUGUAUAUUCUAUGACUCAAUAAAGAAUUCCCAAUUGUAAAAUCA